AUGAAAUUCGCACUCCCUCUCCUCGCCCUAGCUGGCACCGCUUUCGCCCACAACUUCGUCACCCACUUCCACAUCAACGGCGUCGCCGACCCCGACUGCGUCCGUCAAGCCGCCUCCGCCAACCCCAUCCUCGACAUCAACAGCAGCGACAUGGCAUGCAACGCCGUGCAAGGCCUCGCCAAAAAAAAAUGCGUCGUCCAAGCCGGCGACGUCGUCGGCUACGAAUGGCGCACUGACCGCAACAUCGCCCCCGCCGACUACCCACUCAAGGACGGCUCCAUCCCCGUCGGCGUCACCGACGACUCGCACAAAGGGCCCUGUUCAGUCUACAUGAAGAAGGUCAGCGACUCGUCGACCGCCGAGGGCGAGGGCGACGGCUGGUUCAAGGUCUCCGAGGACGGCCUCGACUCCGCCGGUACAUUCUGCAGCGACCGCAUCCGUCUGGCCAACGCCCCCCAGGCAGGUAUCAUCCCGACAAACAUCGAGCCCGGCGACUACCUGAUCCGCGCAGAGAUGAUCACCCUCAACAACGCCGGGCCUGCGUCCAUGGGCGGACUCGAGCAGCCGCAGUUCUAUGUCGGGUGUAUCCAGGCCACCGUCGAGGGAUCCUCAGGCACAAACCCGGAUACCGUCAGUAUCCCCGGAUAUGUCUCGAUGAGCUCGCCCGGUAUGAUCUACGACAUCUGGAACUCGCCCUCGGGCACCUUCAGCGACUACACUGUUCCUGGACCCGCGCCAUUGGAGGACCUGGUUCCCUUCAAGGCUGGUGUUGCGCCCUCUACCAUUGGUGGCUCAAGCGGCUCUACCCCUUCCACCAAAGCGUCAUCCACGCGCGCUUCUACCGCCGCCCCAUACACCUCCCAGGUCGCCGCCACUUCCGUCCGCGCACCCGCAACAACCACUAAGGCGUACGCCGUCACCAGCACCCCCGCCUCCAACGGCGACGCCGAAGACGUCCCAUCGAAGACCAGCGCCGAGGACGUCCCAGCUGAGACCAGCGCCGAGGACGUCCCAGCUGAGACCAGCGCCGAGGACGUCCCAUCGGAGACCAGUGCCGAGGACGUCCCAGCUAAGACCAGCGCACCAGCCGGCGAAGCGCCUACCCAGGCACCCGUCGUUGUGGCCACAACAGUCACAUACACCACCCUCGUGACGAGCUACACAACCGUCUCUGUCACCGCCGGCGAGACUAUGUCGACGGUCGUUGUUGACGACUCGACCCCCGCCAGCGAGGUGGCUGCGGAGCCGACACACGCAUAUGGUGGACAUGGUCACCGCCGCGGCGGAAGGGCGCACAGGAAGAGACAUUACUUGUAG